UAAAAAAAAAGCCCACUGGCCCAUAAGCCCACUGUAAUAACUUGAUUAGAAAGAAAAGAGUCAUAAAAGAAAUCCCUAGAUCGAUCCCAAACUUCACGACAUAACUACUUAACUCCGAUCUUCUCCGGCGACCUCCAGAAUACAGUCCCCGAAUCCCAUUUCUCCGGCGAAGCCAAAUCGAAUCUACAUCAAACAUGUUCAGAAACCAGUACGACACUGACGUUACAACAUGGAGUCCAGCAGGACGACUAUUCCAAGUGGAGUACGCCAUGGAAGCAGUGAAGCAAGGUUCAGCCGCAAUAGGUCUCCGAUCCAAGACGCACGUGGUUCUCGCCUGCGUUAACAAAGCCAAUUCUGAAUUAUCUUCUCAUCAGAAGAAGAUUUUCAAGGUUGACGAUCAUAUCGGAGUUGCCAUCGCCGGUCUCACCGCCGACGGCCGUGUUCUUUCCCGUUACAUGCGAUCUGAAUGCAUUAACUAUAAUUACACUUAUGAGUCUCCGCUUCCUGUUGGUCGUCUUGUUGUUCAGCUCGCCGAUAAGGCUCAGGUUUGCACUCAGAGAUCAUGGAAGCGUCCUUACGGGGUUGGUCUUCUUGUAGCUGGAUUAGAUGAAUCAGGGGCUCACCUCUACUACAACUGCCCAAGCGGAAACUACUUCGAAUACCAGGCUUUUGCAAUUGGUUCACGCUCACAAGCUGCAAAGACAUAUUUGGAACGCAGGUUUAACAACUUCACAGCCUCCUCCCGGGAAGAUCUAAUCAAAGAUGCACUCAUUGCAACUAGGGAGUCCCUGCAAGGUGAAAAGCUCAGAAGCUCCGUAUGCACCAUUGCUGUGGUUGGAGUAGGUGAGCCAUUCCACAUUUUGGAUCAGGAAACUGUUCAAGAGUUGAUUGAUACUUUUGAAAUUGUGAGGGAGGAAGAAAGUGCACCUGCUGAACCUGAGGUAGCAACUGAGCAGGAUGCUGCCCCAGAUCAGGCUCCUGGUGCUGAUCAAGGUGGCGCUGAAAACCAAGGUGGUGCCGAACCCCAAGGUGGUUCUCCAAUGGACAUUUGAUAAUCUAAGAUCCCGCACUUGAGUUGUUAAAAACUGUUAUUUAAAAAAUGAAUAGGUUUCAUGUUGAACAUGUUACGGAAGGAGACAUCUCUUUGAUGGAUUUUUCUUUGCUUAA